ACGUUCCCACACGAGUAAUGUGCCAUGUUAAAAAUACACUGCACGUACACGUGUUAUUAUUAGUUAUAAUCUUUGUUGGACUCACGAUAAGAAAAUAAGUGUACUGUACUUUACAAAAAAAAAAAAUAUUUGCGAUAGGAUUAUAUUGGAAAAAAAAACGAACAGCAUAGCUGAAUCGUUACAGCUUAUUUACUUCUGUUCGGUUACGCCUACUCGUGAUGCAGAUGUGCUUUAACGGUUAGGUUGGAACUAUCAGUCCGAUAUAUCGCAUCGAACACAGCACAGCGUUUUUGCCAUCCACUAAUAUGUUAUCGUUACCAAACUGAAUAACUUAAAAGUGCUAAAACCAGGUAUCGAUGUUAUUAAAUAAUCAUGAUUUUUUUUUCCUACUUAAAAAUGUGAUACUGAAAUAUAUUUAAAGACUGCCGAUACCGAUUAAAUUUAAUAUCAUUGUAUAAUUUCGACUUGUUUCUAUCUGUACGAGUACACAUCCGUUGCGCACGUUGGAUAAUUUCAACUGUUGAUUAUUUAUGUGAACAAAGAAAAUUGAAAAUAUAAUUAUGAAAAUUAAUUUUAUAUUGAUUUUCAUACUGAACUUGUAUGUUCGUGUAAUAAGAAGUUCGAACAUCCUUAUUUUUACUCCAUCUCCUUGGAGAAGUCAUAUCGUUUAUUUUCAGCCAUUAUUUUUGGAACUAGCAAAUCGUGGUCACAAUAUAACCAUAGUAUCCAAAUUCCCGGUUAAAAAUCCACCACAAAAUUAUACACAGGUGAUUCCAUCGUACCAUUUCGAUUCUAACAGAAGAUCAGAUUUACUUAUGCAAGAUCGGGAUUUGUAUUACUUGUUCGUCGCAGAUCCAGUGUUGCGUAGUACGAUCCUGGUCGACACAGCAAAUUUGUUUAUGUCAGAUUCAGUGGUACAGAAAUUUAUCAAUGAGGAUCGAUCCUCGUUUGAUUUAGUCAUUGUUGAGUCAUUUUUUCAAGAAUGCACCGUUGCAUUAGGACAUAAAUACGGUGCACCAUUAAUCUCAAUCGUUCCUGUGGCUCCGUGGGUGAGCGUAUCUCGCUGGAGUGCAAAUCCAUCGGACUUUUCUUACAUUAAAGACUUCAUGCUGGACGGCGGAAAGUUACUGAAUUUCUGGGAAAGGUUUUUCAAUACUUAUAUCGGACUCUACGGUCUGUUUGUUGAGCCCAUAACGUAUUUGCCGAAAUUAGAAGAUAUCAUGAAUACAUACAUGCGAUACCCAGGGCACGAGACGAGACCCACGAUGGCGGAAAUGCUUCAAAAUAUAUCAUUAAACUUGAUCGAUUCCGAUUUAAUGAUACUCAGUCCGCGGCCUUAUAUGCCGAAUUUCAUUGAAGUGCCUGGAUUUAAUAUACAACAAGAUGGAAAAAUUAACCAGAGACUUCAAGAAUUUCUUGAUGGAGCCACCACGGGUUUUAUCUAUUUUAAUUUUGGCACUGUAUUGAACGUCACGAGUAUACCCAAAUCGUCUAUGCGCGUGUUGAUCAACGUGUUAAGCCGAUCGAAACACAAGGUUAUAUUCAAAUGGAUCAAUAAUAAUACUGAAGGGUUUCCGGUUAACUUUUACGUUGAUAAGUGGCUCCCACAGAGAGAAAUUUUGAAACAUCCACACUGUAAGGUUUUUAUCACUCACGGAGGAUUUCAUAGUUUAAUUGAAACAAUUGACGCUGAGGUUCCUAUUAUUGGAUUUCCCGUUUUCGGCGAUCAGUAUCAAAAUCUGAAAACUAGUCAGGAUUACGGAAUUGCAAUCAAGAGCAAUAUUUUUACAUUGACCGAAGAACUGUUUGAAAGAGAUUUAAAGAGUGUUUUGACUGAUCAGAAGUUUUCUGAAAAUAUUAAAAAGUUAUCCGCUAUACGUCGUGAUCGACCAAUGCCAUCUUUGGAUACUGCGGUAUUUUGGGUGGAAUACGUAAUCAGACAUGGAGGAGCUCAUCACUUACGUAUAGCAGCAGUUGAUCUAACAUGGUCCCAAUACUAUUUGUUGGAUAUUAUUGUGUUUGUUUUUUUUAUUUUGUCGUUAUUUAUUUGUACGUGCUAUUUUAUUAUCAAAUGGAUGAAGCGAUUCAUAUUUAAUUUGUUAACCUACGAGCAAAAAAACGAUUAGAAUAUUGUUGGAAAUCGUAAAAUAUCAUAUGAAGUAUUUCCGUUGUGUAUUACACUGGUUGUAAAAUGCAACGUUGAGUCGUGAUAAGUUUCUAGUGUGAUACAUUUAUUGUAAAUCUUUUUUAUAAUUCUGUUGUCGUACUUUAAGGCGUAAGGUAUGUUUAUGCGUCAAAAAGAUUUAAUUAUCGUUUAAUCUGGUGUAUCUAAUAUUAUUAACCAUUGAUAUAAUCAUUACAUAUUUUCAAAUAUUUCACAAUCCAUUAAGCUAUCGACAUUUGAAUAACUACAAGAACAAUUUUUUUUUCUUCAAAUCUGCAGUCAAAUACCGAUAAAUUAUUAUUAUUAUAUUUUUAAAAUUGUUAUAUACUACUAAUUGUUACGUGCCACCGAUUCGAUUUUAACUUGAGCAGUCGAUAAUGUAUGAUUUAUAAUUAAAUAAGAGACUUUAACUUUUAGAAUACGUUUAUUUUACAAUUCAAAGUAUUAAAAAAAUUCUGAUAAUAAGUGACGUAAAGUUGCUUGCAGUUCCGCGACCAAAAUUCAUCUGAAUUGUGGUCAUUUCCAU